CGACCAACAAACGUUCAGCUUAAGUUCUGUCGCAGUUAGCGACUGACGAGACUGCAUCUGUGCAUCAUGUGGUGUGGAGAGAGAGAGAGAGAGCGAGAGAGAGAGAGAGAGAGAGAGAGAAUCUGACUGAGCCAUUCUAGACUCAGUGCUGGGCAAGACUACUGACUGAGGAGGUGAUGUGGAUACGUGAGUGAGCGAACGUAUACACCACACUACACAGAGUGUGUGUGUGUGUGUUCCACGACACAAUCAUAAUAUCUCUCUCUCUCUCUCAAUCGACCCACCGACCUCUGUUUCUUACACAGCCGUGCUUAGUACCAACACAACUAUACUGCAUAUGAGAGGUAUAGCACAAUGUGGCUGCCCUGUCUGAGGUUCGUUUUCGUGUCCCUGUUAGCCCUCCUGCCCUCGGUGUUGUCAGUGGUCCUCCUGUGGUAUUUCGAGGCCCUGGACCAAGGGGGACCUUUGGUCCUCAUGUUACUCGUCCCCGCUUUGGGCUGGUACGUCAUACACAUGAUCAGGAUCACCCAAAAUCACGGGCAGUUUUCACAGAGAUCGGUGCAGUCAGACCCGCCCCCGAAAUACGAGAAGGUCAUGGCCGACCCUCCGCCCUACGAGGUCCUCUACCUAGAGAAGCCCUCCCUGGCCACCAAGUGCUCCUGCUCCGGCGGGAGUCCCGUGGCUCUCUCGGAAGAACAAGUCUGGGAAAAACGGAGAUGGGAGACGGCGCUCCUCGGCUACGACUUCUGCGGGAGGGACGCCGCGUCCGGAAGCGUCCCCACGACUACGACAGCAGAGCCCAAGAGUCACCUUAGGCCUAACACGUUAGUAAGCGUCUCCGUCAGGAUGGAGAAGGAAGCCCUCAUUCCCGAGGGUGUUGGGACGUUGGUGGCGUGUGGUACGGACGAAGGAGAGGAGGAGGAGGGGGACCACCACGACCCAGACCUGCCCACUUAUCAGGAGGCAGUCAGGAUUGGGUAUUCGGUCGCGUGAAAUACCCAACCCUAUAGGUCUAUAUAGAGCCAAGGCCUAAAGAAUAGACCUUGUAUAGAACUUGGCCCAUACAGUUCCUUGGUUAUGAAGGUUACUGCAAGUUGUUUAUCGAAGGGGCGACGUGGGAGCGUUCCCACCGACCGUAACCCCCUACUUUCCCCCACACGUAUGUGAAGCAAGAAUACCCCCACCCCUGCCAAUUAAUUAAUUCCCAAACAUUCGCUGAUGGCCACUAUGUUUAGGUAAUCGAAUGUUGCUAUGUCAUAGAGAGGUGGGAUAUUACCCAGACUUUUAUAGAAGUGGGAUUAUCUGGACUUUUACCGAGGUGGGAUUAUCUGGACUUUUACGGAGGUGGGAUUAUCUGCACUGUUUUAUAGAAGUGGGAUUAUCUGGCCUUUUACAGAAGUGGCUAUUAUCUUGACAUAACUAAUAUAUAAGCCAUCAAAGCAUUUUAGCGGACUAUGCAACGUUAUGUGAUAUGCGUAAAGUCACUGUUAUAUAAUAAUAGUUAUUAUUAAUAUCGUAAGUGGAAUCUACCUAAAUAAUGAUACACUUUUAAAAGUGUCUUUUCUAAACUGAUCUUGUCUCCUGAACUUAUAUAAAAACAAAACGUUUGUUAUAAACAAAAGUGUUCUUCAUAUUUUUAUAAUAAUUUACUCUCUACAUUGCCUUUUUUUCAAAGUUUCUAUCUACAUAACUGAUGAAAAAAAAUUAUACAAAAUAAGUGGAUAAUAUUUUGCACAUAAACUUUUAAUUGCAAUAAAGAACGUGCCUUUACAGCUGUGUGUGUGUGUGUGCGUGUGUACGUCUGUUAUUUCUAUAACUCUAUAAGUCUCAAUUUACCUAUAUGUAUAUAGAUAUAAAGUGUACAUAGCGUGAUAUCUGAAAUGUACCUGCAUCUCAUAGCUCUAAGUUUACACGACAAUAAACUGCAUUGUAAAA